CUUUUCUUUCUCCCAAUUGACUCUUUAGAACUCUCAAGAGUAAAUCGCCAAAAUGUUUGCCGCCUCUCGUAUCCAGCGACGUGCUUUCUCCGCCACUGCGCGAGACCUCUCCAAGGUCACCGUCCUCGGUGCUGCCGGCGGUAUCGGCCAGCCUCUCUCUCUCCUCCUCAAGCUCAACCCCCGUGUCACUGAGCUCGCUCUCUACGACAUCCGUGGCGGACCCGGUGUCGCCGCUGACAUCUCCCACGUCAACACCAAGUCCACCGUCAAGGGCUAUGAGCCCAGCCCCGCUGGCCUCGCCGAUGCCCUCAAGGACGCCGAGGUUGUCCUGAUCCCCGCUGGUGUCCCCCGCAAGCCCGGCAUGACCCGUGACGAUCUCUUCAACACCAACGCCUCCAUCGUCCGUGACCUUGCCAAGGCCGCCGCCGAGUCCGCCCCCAAGGCCAAGCUCCUCAUCAUCUCCAACCCCGUCAACUCCACCGUCCCCAUCUGCGCCGAGGUCUUCAAGUCCAAGGGUGUCUACAACCCCAAGACCCUCUUCGGUGUCACCACCCUCGACGUUGUCCGUGCCUCGCGCUUCGUCUCCGAGAUCAAGGGCACCGACCCCAAGGACGAGAACAUCACCGUUGUCGGUGGCCACUCCGGUGUCACCAUCGUCCCUCUCUUCUCCCAGAGCAACCACCCCGACCUGAGCUCCAACGCUGAGCUUGUCAAGCGUGUCCAGUUCGGUGGUGACGAGGUUGUCAAGGCCAAGGAUGGUGCUGGCUCUGCCACUCUCUCCAUGGCCAUGGCUGGUGCCCGCAUGGCUGACUCCAUCCUCCGCGCCGUCCAGGGCGAGAAGGGUGUCGUUGAGCCCGCCUUUGUCGAGUCUCCUCUCUACAAGGACCAGGGUAUUGAGUUCUUCAGCUCCCGCGUCGAGCUCGGCCCCGAUGGUGUUGAGAAGAUCCACCCCAUCGGCAAGGUCGAUGCCAACGAGGAGAAGCUCGUCGAGGCCUGCCUGGGUGACCUCAAGAAGAACAUUGACAAGGGUGUUGCCUUUGUUGCCUCCAACCCCGGCAACUAAAUCCGCUCCCAACUAUCUAAUCUAGUUGAUGGAGAAUGACCUGGCGUAAGACUUGGGAUACGUGGUGAAAAUGGGAAAAAUUAAGGACGAGGGCGAUUUGUCUGUCACUGUGUGUACGGAUGCCGUUCGUGUAAGGAUUGGGAAAAAGGAAAACGGGGGUGUAUGAGCGAUUGAUAUACCCAUCAGCUUUUUCUUCCCGCUGUUCUACCACUGCCAUAGACUUGGAGAUCUGGUCUCUGUCUGUACCAUAGCAAUGAAUGAAAAAAUACCCAAUAUCUGAGUACUGCGA